AUGAACAGUGAUCGGAAUCCCACCCAGGUCAUCGGCCUUCCCUCCUCCUCUCUCACCGACCCUACAGCCGGCCUCUCCAAGAUCAAGGCCACGGCUCUGUUGCUCAAACAAAAAGUCGCCGGUAUAAGCACCAAACCUCAAAAGCUGCCCAACAAGAUCUCCCAACCCUGGUCUCUCUCCUCCCGUGCCGCGUCCUUCCCUCCCUCAGCUUCGCCUUCGCCCUCGAAUGGGCAGCUCUCGAAAUUUUCAACGGCACACGGAGGGGGGAGAGCGAGAGGGUCGAGUAUGUCCAGCGGAGGAGGAGGGGCAGCGAAUAUCAAGGCAAUGAUCGCCGCUCGAGAGGAUCCGGCCCUGAGUUGUAACAAGAUGGCCCCGACAGGGACACAGCCUGCACCUGCACCGCAGAAGCGGGAUGCUGUCAGGGAAGGGAUGACCAAAGUUCUAUUAUCCCCUUCGUCUCAGUCUCAGACUCAAUCUUUGUCGCAGCCUCAUACAAAUGUACCCACAGCGACAGCACCGACCGACCUAUCACUGCCACAGGAUCAGAAAGUGCCAAUCGAAAAGCUGCCUUCACAAACCCCUACCACAACCAGUACCAAUAGCAACAGCAACAAUAACAGCAGCAGCAGCAAUGACAACAACGACAGUAAUGGCAGUAGCAGUAGUGCAGAUUUAGGGAAACGCUCGACGAGGCGGAGGAAGGGUGGCGAGACGCUGGUGCCGAGUCAGUUUGCGGCGACUACUUCGACCUCGAGUGGUGCUUCGUCUGAUAUGCCGCUCUUCAUGAAGGCGUUCCAGCAGGACCAACCUAAUGCCUUGAGCAUCACUACUUCCACAACCCUUCCUUAUACCAAUAUCGAUACCGAUCCCAAUACCACAAAGACCACCGAGGAUGCGGAUGCCGUGAAGAACAAGAAUACCACCCAAGAUACCCCGCGAUGCGAUAGCAUCCGCUCUCCCAGGAGCGAGAGUACGAGCAAUCGGUCGAUCAGUAGUGGUCUUGCGGAUGCUUUGCCUGUGGAACAACAGCAGCCACGACUGUCGCCAAAUAGAUCUGGAGCUUCUUCUCCUACUAGCAUGGUCUCCCCGCACGCACAUUCGGAUACGAUGGAGAUCAAGCCUAAGACCCCACCAUCGUCUAUUUCAUCGAUUCCAACAUCAACAUCAACAUUAACACCAACACCGACGACGCCAAAGACGCCCUCCGCUGCGACAAGAGCCCUGAUGUCGGUCUUUGACCAGCCCCGUCCUAUAAUGUCCCCUCGUCGUCACACGACUUCGAGCGGCUCUUCGUCUUCGUCCUUGUUUUCGUCGCGCCAUGGGUCGCCCCCACCUCUACCAUCGAUUUCUCAGCAGCAGCAUAUGAGUAUUGUAAACCCGGCGUUGAGACAAUUGCAAACACCCCAGAUCCCGACGAACCUGGUCCAGGCGCGGAUUAUGCAGCAAGAGGAGCAGAAGCGAAGGGACGAGGAGUUGGCUAAGAUCCCGAUUACAGCGAACUUGCGGACGGUGAAGAAGAUCCAGGCAGUGCUCGUGGAUGAGGAGGAAGAGGAAGGCGGUAGUGUGGGACGGGGAGGGGAAGGAGAAGGGGAUGAGAAUUCGAGGUCGGGUUCGGUCUCGGGUUCUUCGUCGGCUUCAUCGUCGUUAAGUGCGCGGACGACACGUCCAAGGUCGAAGACGGCGACGUCGAAUACAGUAAUGGUCUCGAUGUUGGUCGGGGGUAAGCAGCGCGGGGAUCGGAAGCAUGUGGAGCCCGUGGCGAUCCCAAAGAAGCUGGCGGAGCAGGUGGAGAAUAUCUUGGGGCGGAAACUUGCAGGCAAGGGAUGCGUCCUUGACGAACGCGAGAAGGAGCGCGAGGAAGAAGAAGCUCGCAAGGUUGCCGAACCUUUGCCUCCAAUCGUCCGCGGCCAGCCCCGGAAACGGGCGCUCACAUCUGCACACAUCCGUAACCUCGUCUCCUCCUGGGACCACAAAGUCGAAGAGGCCAAGGAAAUCACUUCAGAAGCCGAACAGAUCCGUCAGUUCCUGGAAGAACGCAGCACUGCACACGCGGAGCUGCCCAAAUUCUCGAAGGUGCCCCUUUCAGGAAGCGAGCUGCUUAAGCCAUUGCCGUCACUCCCAGCGCCCCCGCUUACGAUGCCGACGUUGUCGAGUAGUAAAGGCGAGGGGCAGAAGAAGGCGGGUGGGCAUAGACAUGCGAAGGCGGCGAGUAGUAGUGGCGCGGCGGUGUAUAUGUCGAGUCGGAACGCGCGCUCGGCCUCGGGGUUGGUUUCACCAACGUGGAAGAAGGGCGAAAAGAAGAUGGAAGAGGAGAUGGCGAUGACGGAGACGGAUACACCUGUCCCAGUCGUGGGUCGGGAUUUGGCAGAGUCCGUCAAGCAGUCUACUGUCUCGUCCGAGAUGCUGGAGACAAAGAGAAGCGGCCAAGUGCUGGACAACAAGGCCGUGAUGAGUCGACCACGCCGGGCAGGUGUCCGCAAGCCCACUGCUGCGAUCAAGGAAGAAUCAUGA